CAUGAACACCUACCUCUUUGUGUAUGACUUAACACAAUUCUGUGGACAUUCGUGGAUAUUUACAAAUAUGAUCAUCAGAUUCAUGUCAUUUGGAAAAGAUUCGUUGGCCGACACAUUUUACUCCAUAGGACUUGUAAUGCGCCUUUGCCAGUUGUUGUCUGUACUGGAGAUCCUACACAUCCUCAUUGGCAUUGAUAGAAGCCGCCUCUUACCCAGGUUUUUGCAAAUCACUGAGAGAAUAAUUGUUUUAUUUGUUGUGAUCAACAGUCAGGAAGAAGUUCAAGGGAAAUACAUUGUGUGUAUUUUAUUUUUCCUUUGGAAUUUAUUAGAUGUGGUCAGGUACACGUACAACAUGUUAGCAAGGAUGGGGAUAUACUACCUACCACUGACAUGGCUCAACUUCUCCCUGUGCAUCCUGCUCUAUCCUCUCUCAGUUCUGGCUAAAGCGUUUGCAAUUUGUGUUUCACUGCCUUAUUUUGAAUCCUUUGGCACAUACUCCAUCAAGCUACUGUUUCCAUUCGCCUUCUCAAUUUACUUCCCCUAUGUUCUGAAAAUGUACCUGCUAGUGCUCUUUAUAGGUAUGUGCUUUAUCAUCCAGAACAUCCUCUCUGAAAGGAAGGCACACCUAGGGACAGGCAACACCAUGAAGAAAAGAAGCUAAAUUAAUAUUUUGUUUGGAAAUAAGAAAUGUAUUCCUGGUGGGCUUCUGCAUAUCAUAGGUUAAAAAGAAUUCAGCGAAGAUUUUCAAUGCAAAAUUCCUAUCUGCAUAUAAAUUAUCUGUCUGUGUGGAAUUUUCAGAAAAAGCAGGUUUCUUACAAUGCACCUCAAAAAUGGAGCAGCUCAAAACAACUAGUUACUUUUGAAAGUUUUGACUCCAAAUGGCAGGAGUUUUAAAUAAAUAAUAUAUUUUUUUCUAAUGUUAUUAGAGAACUCUGAAAA